UUGAAGUACUAAAAAUAAAGCAUGUGCCAAAUGUAUCAUUGGGAACGCAGAUUGAAUCGCGUGACUCGAGAGUGUCGCAUUCGUGAAGUAACGGAAUCACCACUCAUCAAGCAAGCGGAACCCUUUAGAUAUUAAAGCAUAUACACAUUCACGACUGACUUCGGUUUCUGUGGAUCUGGCCUAUUGCUUCUGCGUUGACAUAAAAACAUUGAUGUAUCCGCCGCCAUAUACCUGUGAAGUGUCGACAAACUCGCUUAUUAUUUCGUCAUCUGCGUGGAAUAUGCUCUCUCGCUGGUAGGCAGGACUUCGAUUGGACCUUGACCUAGAAGCUUGCUCACACAUCACCAUUAAAAUAUUUCGAACUCUGAUCUUUCAUAAUUGCAGAAUAAUCGGGUAACAAUAAUAAAGCUUCCACGCGGUCUUUAACAGAAAAAAAUAACCAAGCACGUUUUUCCUUUUCUCAGAAUCCACACAUGCAAUGUUGGUUUCAUAGAUGUACUUGGAUCAUUAUUACCGCACACAGUUUUGGCUAUAACUCAUUUGCCAGUGGACCAUAGCGCCUUAUUUUUGGGGGACUAAAGCUUGGGAGAAGAGGUCUUUUCCAUACAUCUGCUAUCAUGUCGAGUUAUAACGUUCCAACUUGGUUCUGCAGUGUUAACAAGAGUUCUGUGUCACAGCACCAGACAGAUGGCACGGUUAACAUUAAUAGAUGCAUCACUGACACUAUAAUCGCAGUUCCACACGUUGCUUUUGUCGUCGUCACCUUGCUGCAACUUACUAUACUGAAAUACUGGCGACAUCUUCGGCAACUUGAUUCUUCGAGUUUUCAUUUGCGAUAUCCUGGCCACACCUUGAGAUGGAUUCUAGCUUUCUUCGUGUUUUUGCUGGGCGCUGCAUCCUUUGCAGAGGGGCUGGUGACAGACGGUAUCUACCGUAAAAACGAUUUCCCCACACAGCCGCAUUUUUACCUCCCGGGAAUCUUCACGAUGGCGGGAAUCGUCACAGCUAUGACAACCCUAAACUUUGCAGAGGUGUGGCGUUUCAAGCAUAUGCUAUGGACGUUGUUGUGUUACUGGGCCUUGUCACUCGUAACGACCGUUAUAGGUCUUCACUUCAAUAUUAAAGUGCACCAGUCAGUUGAAGAUACCACUACGAUUUCGAUGAAUUCAUUACUAUUACUACUUUUAACUGUGUGCUACGCUGUUCUUGUGCUCGGAGAAACAAUCAGCUUAUAUAAAAUCGUAUUUUGCCGCUGUUUAGAACAAAAAAAAGAUGACAAUUGUACCAAAUUCUUGCCGGAGAAACCAUGGGCUGAGGAAAGGAUGUUCUACCAAGAAAACUUCUCCAAUUUUCCCUCCCAAUUGACAUUCUGGUGGCUCAACUUUCUCUUCGCUACCGGUUUCAAGAGACCAAUUAUUUAUGAAAAACUGGGAACCAUUCCCGAAAACCACACCGUCAACCAUAUCUAUGCACGAUUCAAGAUGAUCUACGAAGAUGAAAAAGAGAGGGUUGAUGGAUCCGACAGACAACCAAGCCUCAUGAAGACGAUAUUUCGUGCCCAUUGGCGACGAGUCGGUGCAGCUGGCCUCUUGAAACUCACCGCCGAUCUCCUGAGCUACGUCGGGCCGUGUGCUCUGGGCGGGAUCACACUCUAUGUGACGGGGACAUUGAAAGGAGACAAGCAUAAGGGAAAGAUGUAUCUGGCAGAACCACAACAUCAUGACGUCACAAUAGCCGAGUUUUUCUCCAACGGAUUCAUCUUAGUCGCCUGUGUGUUUGCUACAUCUAUCAUCCAACACAUUUGCAACCAGACAUAUAAUUAUUGGGUGUAUGUCGAAGGACUUCAUGCCAAGUCUGCUAUUCAGAGGUUGAUAUAUGACAAGUCACUUCGCCUCUCCACAUCCACGAUGUCAGGUGGUAAGAUGUCAAUGGGUCAGGUGACCAAUCACAUGUCUGCAGAUGCAAGCAAUGUCAUGUUCUUAUUCAUCAAUGUCAACGAGAUAUGGGCAAUACCCGUUAAGAUAACUGUUGCACUGUAUCUCUUGUACUACAAGCUUGGUAUUGCUGCCAUUAUCGCCGCCUCACUCUUUGUAGUCGUCAUACCUCUACAAAUGAUUGUAGCAACAGCGAUGGCUAAGAUAACAAAAUCAGUUUUGAAAACAUCGGAUAAUAGAUUACGUGCUUCAAAUGAAAUGUUUCAAGGGAUUCGGUUUCUGAAGAUCUAUGGAUGGGAGCAUAUAUAUUAUGAAACCGUGAAAGCCGCUAGGAAUAUGGAAUUACAUCAACUUAUCAAAAUUUACGUCUUAUUCGCCGUGACCUUUUCAAUCAAUUCUGGAACACCGAUAAUCGUUACUUUAAUUGCAUUUGCUGUCUAUACACCACUGAACUCCACCCCACUGACUCCGGACACAGCUUUCUCCAGCCUAGCCUUGUUCAACCUGAUAUCCGUUCCACUCAUACUCCUUCCCCACGUACUUAACCUGAGCGUUACUUUGAAAGUCAGCGUAAAACGACUGGUAGAAUUUCUAGGAAGUCCAGAGGUCAAGCCCCUCGAUGAUAAUAUGAAGGUUCGGGGUUCGGGUCCCCCACCGGGGAGGAGAUGUGAUGGUGACAUGAAUGGGGGAAGUCGGAGUGAAAGGGUGGUGAAAACGACACCCCUCAGCUCUGUGCUGGAGACAGAUGAAGAAGAUUUGCAAACAGAAGAUGAUGUCUUCCUGAGUGUUGAGGAGAUGAACCAACGGAACGUAGGCCGAAACGGGGUGGCUGGUCCCAUUCCGAAUGGCACAAAACUCCAAAGUGACCAAGAUUGUACAGAUGGUCUACGGAGAGACGCACUUCAAAGAGAUUUGCCUGAUGACAUCGCGAUAAGAAUCCGAAACGGAAACUUUGUAUGGGAUGCAACGUCUAGCAGCCCGGAUGUUAGUAAUGUGGAUAUUACAAUACCAGCUGGUAAGUUAACCAUAAUUGUUGGAGCGGUAGGAAGUGGGAAAUCUUCACUUCUUGGUGCUAUGAUGGGCGAGAUGACGGCACGUAGUGGGAUCGUUCAAAUUCACAAGAAAGGCAGGAUUGCCUAUGCGCCCCAGAAAGCGUGGUUGAUUAAUACAACAGUCCGAAAGAAUAUUAUAUUUGAAUUGGACAAGAACAUGAAUAAAUCAAGAUACCAGGAAGUGAUUCGAGCGUGUUCACUCCUGCCAGACCUGGAGGUCCUCCCCGCCAAUGACCGGACAGAGAUCGGUGAGAAUGGUAUCAACCUUAGCGGAGGUCAGAAACAGAGGGUUAGCGUCGCAAGAGCCAUGUACUCUGAGAGUGAUAUCAUUAUUCUGGAUGAUCCACUAUCAGCUCUCGAUAUGCAAGUUGGAAAUGAUUUAUUCGACAAGGGAAUCCGAGGUAUCUUACGUCAUCGCCAUCAAACAGUUAUAUUGGUCACACAUCAACUGCAAUACUUGCCAAAAGCAGAUAAGAUCAUCAUUAUGGAGAAUGGAAGAGUACAACACCAAGGUUCACCGUACGACAUCGCACGGGCUGACCACGAUCUGGAGGUGAAAUGGAAGGAGGCGGAGAGACGAGCGAGUGUGACAGAGGAUGUGCGGACCACUGAAAGCAGUACUGAGAUGGAGCGAAAGAGUCUUCGAAGGCAGUGUUCAAGAAAGUUCUCGGUCGUCAGUCACCCCGACUCCGUCAUAGAGAACGAUAGAGGUCGUUUGAUCGCGCAGGAGGAUCGCCAGUCCGGAGCGGUUGCUAUGAGCAACUACGCCCAUUACAUCGCAUCAAUGGGAUAUACGUUAUGUGUGCUUAUCUUUUGCAGUACCUUUCUGCGCGGUGCUCUCCAAAUUGGUACCGAUUUCUGGCUCUCUGAGUGGUCUGAGGCUGGACUCAAUGACAGUCGUAAUCAUGAUGAAGUGCGCCCAACAAGUUUCUACGUCAAGGGAUUCGCUGGGUUGUCUGUGGGUACCCUAGUGGGUCAAAUCCUCUUCAACUUCCUCGUCAAUGCCGGGAUGCUGUUAGCUGCUAAGACCAUCCACUUUGAGAUGCUAGAGAAUCUUCUCAUGUUACCAGUAAGGUUCUUCGACGUUACCCCUGUUGGCAGAAUUCUUAAUCGGUUAUCAAGUGAUACGUCUUUGAUUGACCAGCGGUUGCUGAUUACUAUCAACAUGCUGAUGAAUAGCUUUGUCAAUAUGUUAGCAGCGAUCGUGGUCAACACCAUAGUCAAUCCGUGGUUCCUCGUAAUCUUCGUAUUUAUCGCCUUCCUCUUCGUCGUCAUCUUCAUGUACUACGUAAGGACAUCGAGGGAGUUGCAGAGGAUAGAGAGUGUCAGCAGAUCACCGGUUUUGGCUCAUUUCUCUGAGACACUGGGAGGAUUGUCAACUAUUAGAGCAUUCAAGGCAGAAGCGCGUUUCUCUCGGGUUAUAACAGAGCAUAUCGACACCAACAUCACGGCGCAUCUCUACCUCAUAGCGGCUCAGCGAUGGAUGGGAAUCAGAUUGGACUUUUUAGGUGCAUUAGUGGUACUAGUAGCGGGAUACUCCUCCCUACUAGGUGCAUCCUAUAGCGAUAUUGAUGCCAGCCGGGUUGGUCUCGCCAUCUCAUAUUCAUUAAUGGUGUCCACCUAUCUCAACUCUCUGGUCAGGUAUUGCUCCGAGUUAGAACUUCACAUGAACGCUGUGGAGAGGGUACGGUACUAUUCCGAACUCCAAAACGAAUGCUACAAUGAUGGCGAGAUGCCUCCUCCCCAAAAAUGGCCGACGAGGGGUAAGAUCCUCAUGGAGAACAUUAGUGCUCGGUAUGACAGGGACCUGGACCCAGUACUCCGUGACAUCAAUAUCAACAUCCAGCCAGGACAAAAGAUUGGUAUAUGCGGUAGAUCUGGAAGCGGGAAGUCCUCUUUAACCCUAGCUCUCUUCCGGUUCAUGCAAAUCAAAGGGCGUCUCAUGAUCGAUGGUAUUGACAUCACGACAGUGCCUUUAAGAACAUUACGUCGGCAGUUAUCUAUCAUCCCACAAGAAGCUAUGAUGUUCACUGGGACUAUCAGAUCUAACUUAGAUAUGACAGAGACAUGCAAGGAUGACAAGCUUUGGCGUUCUCUUGAAAUCUCUCAACUCAAGAAAACGGUGGAACAACUGAAUGGAGGCCUUGAUUCGAAGGUGUUAGAAGGAGGAGAGAAUUUCAGUGUCGGACAGCGUCAACUCUUUUGUUUAGCACGAGCUUUCUUGAGAGAAUCGCGUAUUCUAGUUAUGGAUGAGGCUACAGCUUCCAUUGACAAAGAAACGGACAAGAUCAUACAAGGAGUUGUCCAGGAGGUUUUCAGAGAUAGAACAGUACUGACAAUAGCGCACCGCAUCGAUACCCUUCUGAAUUCCGACUACAUCCUAACUCUAGAUGAAGGCAGAGUUGCAGAAUUCGACACACCUAGCAAUCUCCUACGCCAGGAGAACAGUAUCUUUGCAUCACUCCUUCGAGCGGGAAGGUGAAUGGAUAUCCAUCUACAAAGGAAUAAAGAUCCUGAAUCCUAAUGUUUUCAAUGGCAGGGACGUCGCUAGACGAAGGCGGGGACGUGACGCUCUCCAAUUGUUAAUAAUUAAAAAAUCAAUUAAAGAUAUAUUUAAAAAUUGUUAUCGCCAAAUUUUGAGUUGUUAUCACCAAAUGUUGAGUUGUUAUAGGCUGUCCGCAAAUCAAAAGCAUUAAUAGCCUCUUUUUUCAAUUAAAAAUUUAAGGACUUUUCUUCGUUGUUGUGAAAUUUCAAGGUCAGUUGUUGGUAUCGCCAUUCAAAAUGAUCUAGCGACGUACAUCGAUAUCAUCUGUUGAACAUUUGUAUCCGUACCUUUAUACUAUUUAUUUAUCACGUACACUGUCUUGGUUUUUUAAAACCAGCAAAGUACACUUACUUUGAUUGAAGCCUGUAUUUCACGUGAAACAUUAGAGCUUUCAACUAAUGUCCUUUGGCAAGACAUUGAUCUACAUUUGCCACACUCCACCCAGGUAAAGUAACAAUAUGGAUACCUGGUCGGAAUUUAUUCCUUUAAACACAGCUGCACUGCUAAAGCCAGGGUAACGAUGCUGCAUUAUUGUAAAGCGCUUAUAUGGUAAAGUAAGUGUUAGGCGCUAUAUAAGCAAAAUAUAUAAUUCAAUCGAAAUAUUUGUCAACGGCACUUUGUGGUCAUUACUUGCACCAGAUCAAACAAAAAGUACAUCGAAAGUGUUAAGAAGUAGCUAUAGGUAAUAAUUCAUAGAAAUGUAAUUUAUUUCUAAAUGAUCGCCAUAAAUGCAUCUUUCGCGUUUUGUGUUUGCGUAAGAAUUUGUGGGAAAUAUAUAUUUUCUUAACAGGAUUCAAUAAUCUAAUGGUUGAUGUAUGCACGUGGCAGUGUGACCCGGUGGACAGAGAUCGGACUUGAAAACUGGUAGGACGCGGGUUCGAUACACGGCAUGUAAUUGUUGUUGGAAUGGGGCAAACAUCCGAGCUAAUGGAUAAUGUAUUUCCCCACGAAAAUCACUGUUCUUGAUCCCAAUUUGCGUGGACCAGAAUGGGGGCGUCCCGUCUCGUCUUUUGUAACUUGUAUGUCUUUGAUUUCGAUAUGAUAUGAUUUAAAGGAUAAUAAACAAUGAUAUUUAACGAACGGAGUGAGUGAGUCCAAAAAUAGGUGACAUACAUUUUUAUAUACAGUUUUAAGACAGGCACAUUAUUUAGAAUGCGUGAAUAAUAAACAUUCUGGUAUAUUUCAGAUUGAUUUUAAUUUCAUAACAUACACAUAGCGUUCAAGUAUUUUUUUUCUUCUCUCAAUUAGGCUUUACUUAAUACAAAUAACAUGACCCGAAGAGAUACGUUACUCUAUACCCCUUCACUUCAUUGGAAUAUUAAACCUCUUGAAAUAUUACUGGAAAGUACACUAUAGUUACAAAUAUGAUCACAAUCGAAAUUCCAAUGUGAUAUUCGAUAAUUGAUGAAAAUUGAUGUUCAGAGUGAACAAUUGU